AUGGAUGGGAAAGAAAGACCAGCAGGUACACCAGGUAGAAAACCUGGAACAUUAAAUUCAAUUCCAACACCAUAUGAUCAACUCCCACCAAUCGAAUCAUUAAAUCCAGAUAAUUUAAAAGAUUUAGAUAAACACAAGUUACAAUUAUAUUUAAAAAAUCAUAAUAUUGUUCCAGCAUCAACAAAACCAGAAAUGAAAAAACAAAUGAGGACUCUUAUUCAUUCAAUAACAAAUAAAGAAGCUUCAGCAACACAACCAGGACAAGUUGGUCAACAACCCCCAACCAUAUUUCCUCAUCCACCACCACAAAUAUCAACACAACCAGGUCAACCACAAACACCAAUUCCCGGUAUUAAUCCAAUGGGUAUGCCAUAUAAUCCAUUAUUUGCAACCCAAGGUCAUCACCCAACUUCAUCACAACAAAUUCCUUCAUCACAAUUUCCAGGUGCAACUACAGUGCAACAACAAAUUCAACAACAAUUAUUCGCACAAGCUCAAGCACAAAACCAAGCACAAUUACUCCAACAACAACUUUAUGCACAGGCUCAGGCACAAGCUGCAAUUCAGGCACAAUUAAUUCAACAACAAUUAUUACAACAACAACAACAACAACAAGCUUUAGCAGAGAUUCAACGUCAAAGAGAGUUUGAAUUUCAAUUACAAAGACAACAGCAACAACAGCAACAACAAUUAGAACAACAACAACAACAAGCUCAACAAUUAUUAUUACAGCAAAAGGCUCAACAACAAGCUCAACAACCAAUCCAACAAUCGUCAGCCUCUCAGCAAGCACCUCAAACCCCAAAAAAUAUUAAUAAUAUCAAUAACAAUAAUAUUACAAAUAGUAAUAAAAGAUUAAAAACCGAAACUGGUAGAGUAUCACCACCAGCAUCACCUAGAUCCUCAAGAGAUGUUGCUGCGCAACAAGCUGGUGAACAAUGUACAGAAUGUAAAGCAAAAAAAGCAAAUAAAGAGUGUAAUAAUAAAAGAUGUAGAGGUUGUUGUAUUAGAUAUAUGAUUGAAAAGAAAUCGGAUAUAUGUUACCUUCAUUUAAGAGAUGAAUCUAGAAGACCAAGAAUUAAAGACCCAGCCCAAACCGAAGUAAUUGCUGAGCUCAUUGCACAAGCACAAAGAGAAGCUGCUGCCAGUGGUAACCCAUUAACUGGUGGUAGUAAAGAGAACUCUCAAGCAAAUACUCCAAGUACUACUACACCAACACUUUCCAGUAGAACCGGUACACCAAUGUUGGAUCAAUCACCAAAUUUAUUAUUGGAGGAUGAUAACAACCAAACAAAUCCACAACAAACUCCACAAACCCAACAACAGCAGCAACAAAUUCCUCAAGCUCAACAACAACAACAAACUCAACUACCAUCAGGCCAGGCAUCACAACCCCAACAAGAAAUUCAACAUAAUAAAAAUGAUUCAUUUGGUAGAAAAAUUCAAUCAUACUAUAAUAACUAUUAUAUUGGUGUCCAAGCACAGGUUGCAGCAUGUUCAAAUCCAAAACGUUUAUCACCAUCCAAGGAUGAUAGAUAUUCAUUCUUUUCAUGUUAUCACUGUGAUAAAGUAGUUAGUGUUAAUGGUUUUCACUUAUGGAGACAUAUUCAAACUGAACACAAGGAAGAUUUCUUCAAAUUUGUUAAAGAGUGUAUGAAAACUGAUACAAGUAGUUUGUUUGAUAAUAAUAGUAGUAUAUAUAAUAGCACAAAACAAAAAACAACAGAAAGAUUUAAUUUAACAGUUCAAUGGUUAGAAGAAUUGUUUUCACCAACUCCAUCGCCAGAUAUUCAAGAUAAAGAAUUUUUCAAACAAAGAAUGACAAUGUUACUAGAUUUUGAAUCAAGAUUAAAUGAACUUAUAGAUUCUUUUGAUAAACGUAUUGACCCAGAAACAUCAAAAUUCUCAAUUUUAGAAACAUUUUUAAAAGACUCAGAAACCUUUCAUAAAUAUUAUGAUGGUUUAUCAAAUAUAAACAAUAACGAGGAAUUGGAAGAUUUAAUCUCUAAAUAUGAAAAUGAAAAAGAUGUACAUUUUGAACAAAGACCCUUAUUAAUUACACCAUACCAACCAUCACUAAACCAAGACGGAAAGAGAAAGGCGGCUUUUGAAAUUAUUGAAAAUGAUCCAACUAAUACAAAUUCUUUCAGUUACCACAAUUUUUAA